AUGAAGCAUCCAGAGUGCAAUGACCGGGAAUUGCUUGCCGACACAAAACAAUUUAAUGAUUUAUCCAACGAAACUGAAACUACGCAACUUUCCGGGGAUAAAAUUAGCGGUAAAAAUUACAUCAACUCAGAUGAACAAGACAGAGUUAUCAGAGAGUUUUUUAAGCAACUAAACGUUAAUUUGCCCGCUGAUUGGGAAGAAAUUAGAGAUGAAGAAAGGAGAAAAUUGAUAUGCAAGUGGACAAGUGAGGGCUUUCCUAAUAUUCCCAAGUCUUUGCUGAAGAUCACGACAGGCUGGAUGGUCCAUGGGGACUGUGGCAGACCCGCGGACCAAGUUCCUGAUUGGUUAGACCGCGAGAAAUUCAGAAGAGGACAGAAAUUUGCGAGGGAUAAUAUGUUUGGGAUUUACUUUUCGCAAUUGCUCACUUUGUUCGGGCUUUUUUCUUUUGAGGAUGGGCUCAAGCCAAUGAUUGUCACUGGAAAGUCCUCGGAACCUUACACUGCGUUUAAAAGGUAUCUAUCGACUGGAGCGCGAGUAAGAAAUUGGUUUACCAGCGAUCCAUGGACCAAGGGCACGUCAGCAUACAACGACAUUCAAACAGUGAGGAGAAUGCACACAAUAGUGCGCAAUAAAUUGAGCUCGAUAUCCAAUGAAGAAAUAGACAAAGCGGGAAAAAUAGAGAGCCCAUGGUCACCAACACGGAACAUUUUACUCCAAGAUUUCCGAGCUGAGUGUCCGGUAGCGAAGUCGGGACAGUGUCCUUUCGCGGCAGGAACUGUAAGAGCUGUGAGACCCAAAGGAUUGCACCAAGGUGAGAUGGCGGUAACUCAAGGUGGAUUUGUUUGCUUGGCCGUUGUUUAUCCCGAGGCUUUCGGGCUCCACGGAGCCACUGAUCAAGAUCUGGACGAUUUCUGCCAUGUUUGGAGAGGGAUCGGGUAUCUACUCGGGAUCGAGGACGAAUUCAACUACUGCGGCGGAACGCUGGAAGAAAUAAAACAACUUUCAGCAGAUUAUUUAAACCAAUGGGUAAAACCUAAUUUGCGUGAUAUAACUCCUGAGUGGGAGCACAUGAUGAGAUGUAUUACCGUUGGUAUGCAAUAUUAUUUUCCUGGUAGCUCUUACGAAGUAAGUCUACUCUAUCUUACGGAGCUGUUGAAUCUCGACAUGCCGCUAUUACGCUCGUCACUCAGCUACCGUGAUCGCUUCAAAUUCAACAUUACCAAAUUUACAAUGUACUACGCCACUCGCUCACCUCGAGUUAAAGAAUUCCUCAACUCACGUCUCAACAAGUCCAUAGAUCGCGCGUUGAAGUUCACCGAGGAAAAACACUCCGAGCUCCGCAAAAAGUCCUCGAAAACUCUUUCUGUAAUUCAAAAGAAUAAUAAUAAUAACAACAUUAAUAAUAUUAAUAAUAAAAAAGAUGAAAAAUAUUUAGAUGUUAGUAUUUUUUCUCAGUAUAAAAUAAUUGGACUGGUGAUGUUAUGCGUGCAAUGCUUAAUUAUGUGGAAAGUUAAAUUUCUUUCUGAAAUUUUUUAA